AUGAAAUUGGAUACUUCUCACAUGAGAUAUUUGACUGCUGAAGAUUUCCAAGUUCUUCAUGCAGUAGAAAGAGGUUCCACUAACCAUGAAGUGGUCCCAACUACUUUAAUACAUCAGUUAUCUGGUUUAAGAUCCAUUUCUGGAACAAAUAGAUGCAUUUCAGAUCUAGCUAAAUUGAAACUGAUCUCCAAAUUAAGAAAUGCUUCAUAUGACGGUUAUAGGUUGACUUAUAGUGGUAUUGACUAUUUAGCAUUAAAGACAAUGUUGGAUAGAGAUACCGUUUAUUCUAUUGGUGGACCCAUGGGUGUUGGUAAAGAAUCUGAUAUAUAUAAAGUCUCCGAUAAAGAAGGUGUACCAAAAGUUAUGAAGAUUCAUAGGUUAGGUAGAACGUCUUUCCACACAGUUAGAAAUAAGAGAGAUUACAUUAAGAAAAAUGCAAAGAAUGGUGUUAACUGGAUGUUUCUAUCUAAGCUGGCUGCAGCUAAAGAAUACCAAUUUAUGUCUUUAUUAUAUGCUAAGGGGUUUAAUGUGCCUGAACCAUUCGAUAAUUCUAGACAUAUUAUCAUUAUGGAAUUGAUUGAUGGUUUCACUAUGACUAGAUUAAAAUAUCAUAAAUCCAAAUUUAACAUACCUAAAUUAUAUUCUGAUUUGAUGAAUUUCAUUGUGAAAUUAGGUAAGAGUGGUUUGAUUCAUUGUGAUUUUAAUGAAUUUAAUAUAAUGAUUAAAAAAACAGCAGCAACUAGCGAUGAUGAUGAUAGUAACAAUAAAGUUAUCAACUCGAAUGAUUGUGGAUUUAUUGUUAUAGAUUUCCCACAAUGUAUAUCUAUUGAUCAUCCGGAUGCAGAAUUCUAUUUUAAAAGAGAUGUGGAUUGUAUUCGUCGUUUCUUUAAGAAGAAAUUAAAGUAUGUACCUGUUGUAGAUUCUACGAUGUUGGAUGAGGAUGGAUUUGGUGAUGGUUAUAAAUACCCGUACCCUGUUUUUCAUAGGGAUAUUAAAAGAGAAGACAAUGUAGAUGAAUUAUUACAGGCAUCUGGUUAUUCAAAGAAAAAAUCCAAUGAUAGAGAUCUAGAGAUUGCAGUUCAAACUAUGAGGAACCAUUCAGACUAUGAAAGUGAUGAUUUAGAUGAAAACAGUGACGUUGAUAACAGCGAAGAGGAAAAUUUAGAUGAAUAUUACUAUGAUUCUGAGGAAGAGAAUGAUGAGGAUGACUUUCAAGGUGAUAAAGAUAGUCUUGAAGAAGAAAAUGAAAAGAUUAUUGAGGCUUUAACAACAGGUGUUGGGAAAUUGAAGAUGGACAAGUUAGGUAAUUAUAUAUUAGUAGGAGAUGAUGAUGAAGAGGAAGUAAAAAAUAAUUAA